AGAGCUGUUUGACUUCAGGCCGAUCUGCGCACGAGACUCCCGAGCCCGCACCCCUCGCGCCAGGUGCGCCAAGCCGCCGGGCAGCAUGCUGCAGAAGCAGCUCUCUGGCCUUCUCUCCCGGGAGGGGAGGACAGUCUCGGCCUUCUUCCCGUCGCGCCGCACACAGGCCAGUUCCCCCCGCCGGGCAUCGAUGAUGAAGCUGGGCCUCUUCGCCUUCUUCAUUGCCACGCGCGCCCUCCACCCCCUGCUCAUUGACGCCUCGAAGGAGGGGGGCAAGAUCCUCUACGCAAAGAACUCCCCCGUCUUCCUGAACAAGCUCCUGACUAUUGUGCUGAUGAACCUGGCAGCGUUCAUGGGCGACGGCGUGGCCGGAGUCAGGGAGUGCUGGCAGCCGAAGUGCUUGGCCGUGUUCGGGAUGAUCGGCGUCGUGUACGCGCUCGGGGACACGCUGGAGAUGCUGUCCAUGUCCUCGCUCAGCGGUGGCGUGUACCAGACGCUCCUGCAGACGAAGCUGCUGAUCACCGCCCUGCUCGUGUGGUGGCUCAAGGGGACCAGGCAGACCGCGCUGCAGUGGCACGUGCUGGUCGCGCUCUUCGUCUCCACCUCGGCCUUUGUGCUCGUGGACAUGGACAGCGCUGAGGGCGGAGGGGGUGCCAGCUCGGUGCCCAUCGGCGGCGUCGUGUGCACGCUGGCAAAGGUGGCGGCGUCGUGCUACUGCGCGGUGCUGUCAGAGAAGUACUUGAAGCAGUACAAGAACAUGUCGCUGCCGGCGAAGAUCUCGUGCCUGUCGACUACCUGGAUGUUCGCCUCCCUGCUCACGUGCAUCAUGGAUCCCAAGGUGAGGUCCAGCGGCCUCCUCGCCCACUGGACCCCCGCGACCUGGGUGGUCACCUUCUCCUUCGUGGUGAAGACUGUCAGCACGAUGUACCUGCUACAGGCCCUGGACUCGGUCCAGAAGAACAUCGGCGAGGCCAUCGCUGUGGUCGUGAUCUACAUCUCGCAGGUGUCCCUGCCCGGCUUCGGAGACAAGACGUUCGAGCUCUCCGUCUUUCUGCUCGCUGUGCUCGUGGUGGGCCUGGUCAAGACCUACCUGCUCUCUGGCGCGCCGAAGAGCGCGGCCAGGAAGGCGCAGCGAGUGCGCGUCGUGGAGCUCACCGGCGAGGGCACGCCGCUCAUGUCGAAGUUCGGCUUCAACACCAUCCGCUGCGAGGCCGCCGAGGGCCUCCCCGACGGCGUGUUCUACGGCAUGCUCGGAGACGUGCACCCCGUGUGCGGCACGCGCCACGAGGAGGACAGCCGCGUGUGCGAGCUGAUGAUGCUGUCGCACCCGCCCCUGGACUCGGACGAGCACCCGGGCGCCCUGCCCAGGCAGCAGACCGCCCUCCCGUUCAUCCCGACCAAGUCGCUCACCGUGUUAGGCCACGUCCGGGACAGGCUGCCGCGGUGCGACCUCACGCCCGAGCAGUUCAUGAGCGACCUCGCCAAGGCGCGCGGCCAGCUCGUCGGGCUCGUGGAGGGCAGGACCUGAGUCGGGCGCCGACCGAGCGGGGGCUUCGGCUCGCGCAGGGCGCGGCGCCCUGCGAGGCUCCCUCGCUUCCUUCUCGCCCCCCCCCCCUCUCUGCCCUCUCCCCCUUUCUCUCCGUGCUCCUCCGCUGGGCGGGCCAGAUGAUGGAGCCGCCGACGCCCACUGGGCCUGGGGUCUCGCUGCCUCCAGUGGCGUCGGCCUGAAUUCGUGCUGCACACACGCCCGCCGACUUGUUCGAGGGCUUUCCCGCCGCCGCCGCCGCCGCCGCCUGCCGCAUCAGGUUCCUCCGGCUUCCGUUUAGAGAGCUCUCCAUGCGCUGUGUGCGCGGGGCCCGACCUUCCCGCCACGACCUGUACUCCUGGGGUGCAGUGGCUCCCAGGUGCUUGGAGAGCACCUGCCCACACGGGCCUUACGGUCUUGUCCAGGAGGGCCACGGGAAGAUCGCAGUCGCCGCAGCAACAUGUGGUGUUGGGAGGGCGUCUGGGGUUUUUGGAAUGCAAACGAGCGAAUUCCUGCAGCGGGAGGCCCAUGCGUGUGGAACCAUGUGUGUGCUUUGUGGGGCGGGGGCCUUUCCGUGUAGAACACCAUUGCGGCAGCAGCACGCCGUCCACCCGCAACGGCCACUUCCUCGUAGCACGAGUGCGAGCACUGUCUUGGCCGAGUCCUUCGAAAGCGGGUGAGUCCUGCCAACCAUCCCCCACGGCACGGCUUUUGCAAGUUCAGGGGCCGAUCUCUUAAAGCAGGUGCUGCUACCACUGUGCUGGGCAACGUUCCUCGGCACUUCGCCGCGCCCAUCGUUUGCGUUCCGGCCGGCCCCUUAAGCAGAUUCUGUGUUGGGAACCGCCGGCGGCCGGAGCGGCUCCCCGUUCAAUGCACACGGUGCAGAUUUUGACCAGCCCGGCGUGCAGUCUUCCACGCGCGGGGGUGUGGGCGGUCCGCAGGUGCUCGGCACCACAACAGAAGCGGCACCCCUCCCCCGCCGCACGCCCUCCAUUUCCUGUGGGCUCUCUGCGGUGCAGCCGCGGCCCGCCGCUUUUGGUGCAGGCCCGGCUCCCGCGUGUGAGGCGUCGAUUGGGGGAUGGCUCCUCCCCCCUCCUCUUGUCCUCCUCUUCCUCCUCCUCCUUCUCCUCGUCCUCCGUUUCAUCUGUCUCCUCCCCAGCUCAAUGAUUUUUCUGUCACGAUUCGAGCACGUCCUAGCCUCACUCUCCUCUCUAGGCCUCCCAGAUGGGGGCUCUACCUUCGCGGGGUCUGGGUGGGUGGGGACAGCAGCGUUGCUCCCGCCAAGCCGCGAGGGGUUUCCCCCGGGCCACGCCCUCUGUUUCUCAGUGUUGUUUUGGACUCGCGGGCUCGGCCUCAAGCCAGCGUGGCCGGCGCGUUGUGGCGCGCUGUUGACUUGUACAGCGACCGCGAGGAUGAUCAGAAAAUGCAA